AUGGCUUUGGUUAUGGAACCUAUAAGUAAAUGGACACCAAAGCAAGUGCUGGACUGGAUGAAAGGGCUGGAUGACUGUCUCCAGCAGUAUGUGAAGAGUUUCGAGCGAGAGCAAAUGGGCGGGGAGCAGCUCCUGCACAUCACUCAUCAGGAGCUGGAGGAGUUGGGGGUUACUAGGAUAGGACACCAGGAGCUCAUCCUAGAAGCAGUUGACCUCCUCUGUGCCCUGAACUACGGCUUAGAGACAGAAAACCUCCGGACUCUGUCACACAAACUUAAUGCUUCAGCCAAGAACCUCCAGAACUUCAUCCUGGGCAGAAGGAGAGGCGGGCACUAUGACGGAAGAGCUUCCAGAAGACUGCCCAAUGAUUUCCUCACCUCAGUGGUGGAUUUGAUUGGUGCAGCAAAAAAUCUACUUGCCUGGCUCGACAGGUCUCCAUUUGCCAGUGUGACAGAGUAUUCAUUACUGAAGAACAAUAUUGUGCAACUCUGCCUAGAAUUAACUACCAUUGUACAGCAGGAUUGCACUGUAUAUGAGACAGAGAAUAAGAUUCUUCAUGUGUGUAAGACCUUAGCAGGGAUAUGCGACCACAUCAUUUCUCUUUCAUCAGACUCCCUGGUCUCUCAGUCAGCGCAUCUGGAGGUUGUCCACCUGACAAGCAUCAUGCCCAGCGAAGGCCUGGGGAUGUACAUCAAAUCAACGUAUGAUGGACUUCACGUUAUCACUGGGACCACAGAGAAUUCUCCUGCAGAUCAGUGCAAAAAGAUUCAUGCAGGUGAUGAAGUCAUCCAAGUCAACCAUCAGACAGUGGUGGGCUGGCAGUUGAAGAACCUCGUCAACGCUUUAAGAGAAGACCCCUGCGGAGUCAUCCUAACGCUGAAGAAACGGCCGCAGAACACUCUGAGUUCCACUCCGGCUCUGCUGAGGAAUGUGCGCUGGAAACCAUUGGGCUUGCAGCCACUCCCCAACAGCCCUACCAGUACAUCCCCUACACCAGGUGGAACUUUAGGCAUGUCCAAAAUGGAUGCCCAGGAUGUCUACAUCCUUUCUCCUGUCUCUGGACUGUACAGCCCGAGGGAGGAAUUGGGCUUGAUUUCAUGUGAUGACAUCACCCGGUACAGUGUGAGCUCGCAGUCAGGUUCUAAAGGCUCUGAGGCUGUAAGCUACUAUUUGGACCAGGACAGUGGUCAGUACUUCUCUCUUUUGGAGGGAGACAGACCACCAGGCUCUGAAUAUGACAGAGGCCGUAAUACGGGCGUGCGCAGGCGGGACAAGACCCCCACACAUGGUGACCUCAGACCUGUGUCCAUGCCUCCCGAAUAUAACUGGAUGGGCGAGGCCAAGGAACCCAGCAUGGGCAAGAGAGGGAGUCGAGAUUCAGACAACUCACUACUACGUUACCUCAGCGAUGACAAGAUCCUGGUUAUUGAGGAGGAGCCCGAAGGUCUGGGGCGAGAGAGCCGAAGGGACUCCACCAGACGCUCACGGCGCAAGAGCCGAAAUCCCAGCAGCCCUAGCUUCCCCCUCAGCCCAUCCAUGCUGUCCUCCACAUUGCGCUUAGACCAGCCACCCGAUCCUUUGCCUCGAGGUGCUGACACAUUGCGAGCAGACACAACAGACAGGUACUCUGGUUCUGGAAGCUCAGGAGCGGCCUCCAUGAAAAAGUCUUUCCAUUACACCUCAUUGAGAACGAAAACCAAAAAGAGAAGUAAAGGUUCGCUCACAAGUGCCAGUCGAAGGAGAAUUUCCUGUAAGGACCUUGGCCACGGUGACUGCGAAGGCUGGCUGUGGAAGAAGAAGGAUGCUAAAGGAUACUUUACACAGAAAUGGCGAAAGUACUGGUUCAUCCUGAAAGAGUCCUGCCUGUAUUGGUACACCAAUCAGAAUGAUGAGAAGGCUGAGGGCUUCAUCAGCCUCCCUGAGUUCAGAAUAGACCGGGCCAUUGAGUGUAGACGGAAAUUUGCCUUCAAAGCCUGCCAUCCGAAAAUCAAGAGCUUCUUCUUCGCCACAGACUGUCUCGAGGAAAUGAAUAGGUGGAUGAACCGGCUUGGGUUGGCCGCUAUUGGCUACACGCCGGAUGACAAAGUGCCACGUCCUGAUGAAGACUAUUGGAGUGAAAGUGAUCAAGAUGAGGUCGACGGCUCCAUGACACUCAAACAAGAAGGCCCAUCCUCUCUCUGCGAUACUUACCACCGCACAUCAUCAUCUAACCUCCUACACACUUAUGACCAAUUGCCCCGUUCUGUGAGCUCCAUGAGCCUCAUGCGCUCCACUCCGUCACCCCUUUCUCUACCGAUGAGUGCCUCCACCUCCCCCAUCCCUCCACAGAUGGUCUCUUCCACCUCCCCUCUUCCUCUGCAGGUGAAUUCUUCUAGCCCCUUCCCAGAGCCAAAGCAUGGGCGGCAUUUUUCCAGCGAGUCCACCCAUUCCCACUCAUCUGCAGAAGACCAGCGUGGAGAGGGACUGGGCAUGGGCACAGGAACAGGCAGCACCAGUACCCACUCCUCAGGUUGCCGGUCUUCACACCGUGAGCGUCGCUCCUGGCAGGACCUCAUUGAGACCCCUCUCACCAGCGCAGGGCUGCAUUUCCUCCAGACAGCACCAGGGGAAAGCGAUUACGGUGGCCUAGUGGGAAGCAUGGCUGGUGAGAUGGGUCUCUAUGGAGGACUGGGCAGACAAGGCAUGUCCCCGGAGAGACGCAGGCAGGCUACGCUGCCUGUACGGAGACAUCACGCCGCAGAGAGAGACAGGGAUCGGGAUGGGCCUUUCCCCCUGGAGCGUGGUCCACACACUCACAGCUACACACACCGACGCUCCCAUAAGCAGCGCAGUCAGAGUCUUCCCAGGAAUAGGGACCCAUUUGGAGGGAAGCUGAUACACUCAUCACCUCAUAUGGAGGAGAGAAGUGAAGAUGAAGAGGCAGAGAGGAGGGCUGCAGACAUAUUGGAGGGUGAGGAGGACCUGCGGGAGUUGAGAGUCGAAAGCAGAGAGAGGAGGAUCUCAGAGGUAAGGGAGAGGCGGGUGUCGGAUGGCCGUGAACCUGAGCCAUUGGAUGGACUAGAGCAGCUGUAUCGGGCCCUUGAACAAGCCAACGUUACAGCGCUGGGUGACCCAAGACCCUGUAGCAGGCAGGAACUUCGACGAGGUUUCUCUCAGAAAGUCAGGGACCCCCUUCUGAACGACAGAUUGCACCGUGUCAGAGCACUACGCAGCACCUUAAAGGCCAAAGAGUCUGAGCUGGCUGUAAUCUGCACCCUCCUGGAGGACCCAGGCCUGUGCUCACAGACCUUCAGAGAAUGGAAACAGUGGCAGAGUGAGCUGUAUUCAGACAUCUGUCAGCUCAGCCCCGGCACCAAUGGCCAGGACGACCUUUCCCCGCUGAGCGCUCCCAUCAUGACCCACACACACUCCUUUAUCGAGACCCAUGUGUGAAAUUAAGGACAGGACUGGACUCCCGAUCACUCUCACUCCCACUCUCUCUUUCCUUUCUCACAUCCAAACACACGGGCAUAAAUGCAUGUGUAUACACAACACGCACACAGUAACACAAUUUGUUUAUUCUUUACCGGAUCCCCGUUAACUUUUGUAAAAUGCAAAAGAUAAUCCUGGGAUCUGUCACCUUGUAACAUGUAAAUAUAGAGGCAACAG